UAUAUUCCGGCGGCGUUCGUUGUUCUUUCCUCUUCGUUUAUAAACCCUAGUUUCCUCCGUGAAGAGAAACACGACGAUUCCCACAAUGAAUCCCUUCGACGUGAGAUAUGGAGACCCUAAUUCCUACAGAGAUCGGAGAAGUGAUCUAAUGCGGCCGCCGGUUGGGGCACCGAUGGGCGGCGGUGGUAUGGGGUUCACGGCCGCUGGCCGUGGUGGAAGCGCGCCGUUUGCAGGUCCUCUUGGUCCGGGGUUCUCAGCUGGUAGAGAUAUGGACCGUGGUCCAAUGGGUAGAGGUCGAGGUGGUUUUAUGGAUCCAGGUUUUUCUGGUUUUGGUCCUGGUGGAGUUCGGGGACAUAGAGAUUUUGAUGCUGGGAAAGGCGGCAGCAGUGGUAGAGAUGGGUGCCGUGGUGGCAGAGGUGGUGGCGGACGUGGGAGAGGGUCUGGAAGGGUCUUUGAUGGUGGACGAGGAGGGGGACGGGGUGGUAGUAGAGAUUUUGGGAAGUCUCGGGACGAGCUGGAUAGCGUUGCUCUUCCUAAGCAGGAUUUCCAGGAUCUUAUUCAUUUUGAAAAGAAUUUUUAUGUUGAGAGUCCUUCUGUGCAGGCAAUGUCGGAGCAGGAAGUUGUGUUUUAUCGCAGGUCCCGGGAUAUCACAGUGGAAGGACGUGAUGUUCCAAAACCUAUUAGGUCCUUUAGUGAGGCGAAUUUUCCAGAAUACUGUCUUCAGGCAAUUGCUAAAUGUGGUUUUGUGGAACCAACACCUAUUCAAUCUCAGGGAUGGCCUAUGGCUCUAAAGGGAAGAGAUUUGAUUGGUAUUGCAGAGACUGGUUCUGGAAAAACACUCGCAUAUCUGUUGCCUGCAUUGGUUCAUGUAAAUGCACAGUCCCGAUUAGCUCAUGGUGAUGGCCCUAUUGUGUUGGUCUUAGCGCCCACAAGGGAACUGGCUGUUCAGAUACAGGAAGAAGCUAUCAAGUUUGGAUCACAUUCAAAUGUUAGGUGCACGUGUGUCUAUGGUGGCGCUCCAAAGGGACCACAGAUUCGUGACCUUAAAAGAGGUGUUGAAAUUGUCAUUGCAACACCUGGUCGACUGAUCGAUAUGCUGGAAGCUUGCCAUACAAAUUUGAGAAGGGUAACUUAUCUUGUUCUGGAUGAAGCUGAUCGAAUGUUGGACAUGGGAUUUGAACCUCAGAUAAGAAAAAUUGUUUCACAAAUCCGGCCUGACAGACAAACUUUAUAUUGGAGUGCUACAUGGCCAAGAGAAGUGGAGGCUUUGGCAAGGCAAUUUUUACACAACCCUUAUAAGGUCAUAAUUGGAUCUCCUGUCCUUAAAGCAAAUCAAUCAAUUAACCAAAUUGUUGAAGUUAUGUCUGAGCAUGAGAAGUACCCCAGAUUAAUUAAAUUACUGGGUGAAUUGAUGGAUGGAAGCCGGAUUCUAGUGUUUCUUGAAACAAAGAAAGGAUGUGAUCAAGUUACCCGGAAACUGAGGAUGGACGGAUGGCCUGCUUUAUCUAUCCAUGGUGAUAAAGCUCAAGCUGAACGAGACUGGGUUCUUUCAGAGUUUAAAAGUGGCAAUAGUCCGAUAAUGACUGCCACUGAUGUGGCGGCACGUGGUCUUGAUGUCAAAGACAUUAAAUGCGUGAUCAAUUAUGAUUUUCCAACAAGUCUUGAGGAUUAUGUACACAGGAUAGGCCGAACCGGGCGGGCAGGCGCUAAGGGCACUGCCUUCACUUUCUUCACACAUUCAAAUGCCAAGUUUGCGCGGGAACUGAGCAAGAUCCUUCAGGAGGCUGGUCAGAUGGUCAGUCCUGCAUUGUCCACAAUAGUUAGAUCCAGUGGUGCUACGGCGGGAGGUUCUCGAGGUAAUUUCCGGUCAAGGGGCAGAGGCUAUGGCAAUCGUUCAACGAUAUCUGGAUCGAACAUGACCCCGCUUGGACAUAGUCGGCCUUGGUGAUUUGUAGUACUUCAAAGGAUGCAAAGAUUUGGGAGUGUCACUGACUUGUUUUGUUUUCUUAGAUAUAAACCAUUCAAAUAUAUGUAUUUUGUGUCUCAACAGUCAACACCAGAUAGAUAGUAUUCUGCUUACAGUGUUUAUGACUGCAAGGUAGGUGAUUAUGACAAAAUUUUUGCCCGCUUUGCAGAAAACACCCUGUAUUAUCUAUAAUUUAAAUCAUUGCAGGGAAAACCCCAAGAUUUAAAUCA